CUCACUGACACGCACACUGUACAGACUGUACCUCUCUCUCUCACUCACUCACUCACACAUUUACUCACUCACUCACUCACUCACUCCCAGCCUGGGCUCUCUGACUAGAGGAUGGAGCAGCAAAAAUAACGGUUUGCCAAGGACGUGAGGCUCCUACUUAAGAUUUUUUUCGCAUAUAUAUCAAACUUUUUUUUCCAUCUCUUGCCAGUCCGUUUUUUUUCAAAGAAAUUGAACUCAGCUUUUUUUUGACAAAUUAAUUAUUCUCACCCCCUCCCCCUAGUGUGUAAGAUUCUCUGACCUUUUAACUUCAUCCUGGACCGCAGGAGAACUCAACCGAGAGAAAUAAAGCUGCUGUUUUAUUGACUUUUUCAAAACUGGAGAACCAGAGACUUUGUGAGGGAGAGAGAGAGAAGUUGAAAGAAUUCCUCGGGACUGCGAUGAAGUGAAGGUGUGUUGAUCCUCGGCAGAAGCAGCUUUAGCGCCUGGACUACAGCUGCAACCAGAAGGGAGUCAUUGAACUGCACAGGACUUGAGAAUCAAGGUUAAACAAUAGCAACAAAAAGUGCCUUUCCUCUUUAUAUUUUUUCUUUUAUUGUAAAUAUUUAACUUGUUGAUUCUUUUCGCGUGACGGUCACAAGCUGCAGCUGAUUCUUUCUCUUGUUUCCCUGGCCCUCACAACCCACCCACUCUCUCUCGCUCUCUCUCUUCAACUUUGCAACUGCCCAGCUUUGAAAAUGCACUACUCCAUUUUCACUGUUUUUCUCACGCUGGAUUUCGCAAUGAUCGCCGCUUGCUUGUCGACCUGCAACACCCUCGACAUGGAGCAGUUCAUGAAGAAGCGGAUCGAGGCGAUCCGUGGGCAAAUCCUCAGCAAACUGAAACUCACCAACCCCCCGGAAACUUACCCGGAGCCGGAGGAGGUCUCGAGCGAGGUGAUCGCGAUUUACAACAGCACGAGGGAUUUGCUUCUUGAGAAAGCGAACGAGAGGGCAGCCACUUGUGAACGGGAGAGGAGCGAAGAGGAGUACUACGCCAAAGAAGUUUACAAGAUUGACAUGAACCCAUUUAGCUAUCCUGAAAAUGUCAUCCCGUCCCAACAAUAUAACCCAUACUUCAGACGUGUGUAUUUAGACGUCACCUCAAUGGAGAAAAAUGUUUCAAACCUGGUGAAGGCAGAGUUCAGAGUGUUUCGUUUACAGAAUCCAAAGGCGAAAGUAGAGGAACAACGAAUAGAACUUUAUCAGAUUCUAAAAUCUAAAGAACCUUCGUCUCCAUCCCAGCGGUAUAUUGACAGUAAAGUAGUACGAACGAGAACAGAAGGUGAAUGGCUUUCCUUUGAUGUCACUGAGACAGUUAAUGAAUGGCUUCUCCAUCGAGACAGAAACCUUGGAUUUAAGAUAAGUCUACAUUGCCCAUGUUGUACAUUCGUGCCUUCAAAUAAUUAUAUUAUACCGAAUAAGAGUGAAGAGCUGGAAGCUAGAUUUGCAGGAAUUUAUGACAACUAUCCAAGAGACUAUUCCAGUGGUGAUAUGAGAAAAAUGAAAAGUAAUGGAAAAACGGCACACCUUCUCCUCAUGCUACUACCAACCUAUAGGCUAGAAUCACAACAAUCUAGUCGACGGAAGAAACGUGCACUGGAUGCUGCAUUUUGUUUUAGAAGCGUACAGGAUAACUGCUGCCUACGCCCACUAUACAUUGAUUUCCGGAGAGACCUGGGGUGGAAAUGGAUUCAUGAACCCAAGGGCUAUCAGGCUAACUUCUGUGCUGGGGCCUGUCCUUACUUGUGGAGUUCAGAUACUCAACACAGCCGGAUACUUAGUCUGUACAACAAUAUAAACCCUGAAGCUUCUGCCUCCCCAUGUUGUGUUUCUCAAGACCUGGAGCCACUCACUAUUCUCUACUUCGUUGGCAAAGUUCCCAAAAUUGAACACCUUUCGAACAUGGUAGUUAAGUCUUGCAAAUGCAGCUAAGAAUGAAUACAACUUCCCUGAAAAUCCCAGGUUCAUCAGUGUUAAACAAAAGAACAAUACAUGGUACUAGUUUGAACUAUUUGGAACAUUUUUUUUUCGUUUAACUACCAACAGAAGCAAAAGGAAAUAAAAUGUACAUUGAAGGCUUUAUUCCUAUCCUUCACCUACUAAUUUAGUGUGAUAGAUGAGACACAGAACCUUUAAAUUUAAAAGACAAAAACACUGGAAAAAUUGUAAGUGUUAAUAUGUGAAAUAAAAAGAGUCCCACUUAGUGGAAAUGCUGUACAGGUCCCGUGCCUUACUUGAUCUCUUGUGUAUUGUUAUGCAAUUGGCAUCCUAUGUAUACUCCUUUGUUAGGGCACCAACAAAGUCAAAUGUAUUACUGAUAUGUUCAUUGUGGGGAUGUGUUAUUGGGUCAAGUGAUGGGAAAUGACAGCAAGCUUUGUAAUGAGCAAGCAAGUGUCCACUUGCUAUCAGUCAUGUAUGGUAUUGGUCAAAGGAAUGCUGAUAAUAAAAAUUUGUACUUAAAAAUGUGCAUAUUACAAAUAAGAAGAAACAUCAGGUGGAGCACUUCAAACCCAAAGGUUAGCAUGUUUAUAGGAGAUGUGUCCAAUGAAGUAGAUGCAUUCCUGGAGAGAAAAGAGAUUGAGUGACAUGGUGAGAGGGUUGAAAGUUGGGAUUGAUUUUUCAAAAAAGGGAUUGACUGUUAGAUUUGAUGCCCUUUCCACUUAUGCCCAAAUAUUUUACUCUCUGGAUUAGCUUCAACAAAUUCAUAAGCACAUUACCUGGAAUUUGUCACCUCUGCUUCUGGAGCAGAGAUUUAUUCGGCAGUGGUGCUGAUUGGAAAAUCAUUCAUAGAGAUUGACAUGGUUGAUUUCAUUUUCCAGCGUAAAUCAAUGACUGUAAUAUCAGGAAUGCCAUAAAUUGAACUCACUACAUUAUGGUAAAUCUUUCUUUCUAAGGCACCUUUGCUGAUAUUUUCCACCAGACAUUGGUUUUCACAAAUUUGUAAGUACAUUUCCAGAUAGUAGAAAUUGUGAAGCUGCACUCCAGCAUAGAUCAGAUAACAGGUUACAGAGGUCAGCAAGCACAAUUUGUGGACUCAUAAUAUUCAAGACAUUAAAAACAGAAAUGCAGCGCCUCAGGCGCAUUGAUCUUUCUGCCAUGUCUUCAAUCUGCACUCCUGCUGAGCCAGACUGCUCAUAAGAAGCAGACUGCUCCAAAUCUGGAGCUGAUACAUUUGUAAAUUUUCAACAAAAAAUUCAGAGAGCAAAAUACAGGGGCUUAUGACCUUUGAUGUCUCUGUUUCUGGAGUUCCAUAUUUCGACUUCAUCUGUAGGAGCAGUUGAGGAAAUACCCCUUUCUCCCAAACACCAUUUAUGAUAAUCUGCUAAAUUAUACUGGCUUUAUCCUCCCUGUAAAUUGAGCAUCAGCCAAUUUACAAAAUUCCCACUCCAAACCUGCUCAUAACUUCUGUUUUUGAAUGACUUGUUUUUUUUUUCUGUUAUCACUUAAUUAUAAGUGAACAGUUAGCAACACAAAAUUGAAAUGUGUACAGUAUUGUUAAAAAUAAAGAAAAUAGCACAA